AUGCUGCGAAGGACCAGGGCUGCUGUGCUGCUGCAGAAGACCCUGAGGAUGGUUCUGGCCCGGCGCUCCUACCUCCGCACACGCCAGGCAGCCAUCACCAUCCAAGCCUUUGCCCGGGGCAUGUUUGCCCGGCGUCUUUACCAACAGCUGCGGCGGCUGCGUGUCGAGGCACGCUCGGUGGAGCACUACAAGCAGCUGCACAAGGGCAUGGAGAUCAAGGUGAUCCAGCUGCAGUGCAGGCUGGAUGAGCAGGCCCAGGAGAAGCAGCGGCUGGAGGAGCAGCUCUUGGGGCUGAACAGUGCCCACGCUGAAGAGGUGCAGCGGCUGCGGGCUGAGAUGCAGCGGCUGCGGGAGGAUGCAGCCCGCGAUGCCCAGGUCCAGCAGCUGCAGAAACGGCUGGCUGAGCUGGAAAGGCACAGCAUGAAGAGCUGCCUGGACCGGGAGGUUGAGGAGCUCAGGCAGCGCUUGGCAGAGGUGGAAGCCAUGAAGCUGCAGCUGGGUGAGGAGAGGGAUGCACUGGUCCAGCGCAUAGUGGAGCAGUCACAGGAUCUGGAAGAGCAGCACAAGCGUGCGGCACGGGAGAGCCAGGGGCUUCUGCAGGAGCUGGAGGAGGAGCGGGCCCGCUACCAGAGCCUGGUGCAGGAGUAUGCCCGCCUGGAGCAGGGCUAUGAGAACCUACAGGAUGAAGUGGCCUUCCACAGGCAAAGCACCUUGAGACGGUCCCCUUCGUCAGAGAGCUUCUUGGGCUCCGAGAGCAGCUACUUGUCCUCCAUGUCCACAGCUCCCUCACGAGAUGGGUCUGACCAGCAAGCUGAGGGUUUUUUGGAGCACUGGCAGCCAGUGCCGGAGGGGCCACAGCCCCAGCCCAGCCGUGAGGUGCCACUGAACAGCGGUGUGGGCCAGGAUCCCUUCGAGAAGGCAUACCUUCUCCUCCUGGGGCGGCUCAAGGCUGUUAACGAGGAGCUGGCCCGGACGAGAGAAGAGCUGCGAAGGUCCAAGGCCCCCGUGGAGCUGGAGGAGAGGAAACCAUUGGACUUCCUCAAGUGCAGGAACAUAGCUGAGUUGCUGGGGCUGGGCAGGAGCCCCGAGAAGGUGGCGGUGGAUGAUGACUUGAAGCAUGCGUAUGAUGCAGUGCAGGUUGCCAAUAGGCUGCUGGCGAGUCAGCUGCGGGAGGAGAAGCAGCAGCAUGAGGAGGAGGUAGAAGGGCUGCACCUCAACAUCUGCUCACUCAAGCAGCUGAGCCAGCAGCAGGCAGCCCUCAUCCAGGACCUGCAGCGGCACCAGGGGCAGGAGGGGCUGCAGCACCAUGUCCUGCAGCUCAAGGAGGAGAACUGGGAGCUGGCCCAGAAGCUGGAGAAACAGGAGAGGACCACACUGAAGCUCCAGAAGCAGCUGAGAGCCUAUGCAAAGCAGAUCCAGGAGCUCACAGGUAAAGAGACUACUGGGCCAGCGCAGGAGUUGGCAGCAUCCGCUGUGGUCCUGUCCUGGUCCCCCAUGGUCCCAUCCCCGGCUGGGUUGUCCCAGGCCAUGCUAGCGUGGAGGAUGGAGGAUGAAGGGCGCAUUAUCAAGGCCAUUAUCACAGACUACAAACCACAGAGCAGCCCUGGGGCGCUCCCAGACCUGCCAGCCUACAUCCUCUUCCUCUGCUUCCGGCAUGCGGACCACUGCUGCGAUGAGCCACGGGCCCGCUCACUUCUGGAUGCAGCCAUCAACGCUAUCAAAAGGGUCAUGAAGAAGCACAGUGGUGACUUUGACAUGGUGGCACUCUGGCUUGCCAACACCUGCCGGCUCCUGAACUGCCUGCGCCAGUACAGCCAGGAUGAGAGCUACUGCCAGGGGAACACGGCGCGGCAGAACGAGCAUCGCCUGCAGAACCUGGACCCCCAGAACUCCUGCCGCAGUCUGGGUGCCCUGGCUGUCCAGCUCUACCAGCAGCUCAUCCGCACGGCUGAGAAGCACCUCAAACCCAUGAUUGUUGCCGCAAUGCUGGAGAGCGAGCCCAUACAGGGCUUGUCCUCCUCCUGCCCUCCUGGCCACCGCCGGUCCUCAGCAGCCCCUACCCACACCCUGCCUGAGCUGCUGCAGCAGUUGGGCUCCUUCCGUGCAGUGCUGGACCGUUAUGGGCUGGCCCCCAGUGUGGGGCACCAGGCGCUGCGCCAGCUCCUCUUCCUCGUCAGUGGCACCACCCUCAACUACCUGCUGCUGAGAAAGGACACAUGCUCCUGGAGCUGCGGCAUCCAGCUCAGGUACAACAUCAGUCAGCUGGAGCAGUGGCUGCGGGCAGAGGGGCUGCAGCAGAGUGGGGCCCGCGAGGUGCUGGAGCCCCUGGUCCAGGCUGCCCAGCUGCUGCAGGUGAAGAAGGUGACGGAGGAGGAUGCCAGAGCUCUCUGCAGUUUGUGCACGGUGCUCUCACCCCAACAGGUUGUGAAGAUCCUCCGAGCUUACACCCCGGCUGUUGGGCUGGAGGAGCGCGUCAGCUCCAGCUUCAUCAGCAGUGUUGAGAAGCAGCUGCAGGACCAGUAUGGAGGGGGACCUAACCAGCUCCUGGUGGACACCAGCCACCUCUUCCCUGUGCACCUGCCCUUCACUGCCUCCCCCCUGCACCUGGAUGAGCUCCACAUCCCUGAUGCCCUCAACCUGGCCUUUCUUGUCCGCCUCUGA